GUCUAUAGUCUAUGGUCGUGCGUAGUAAAAUGUAAAAUGGCCGUCCGACUCGACCUGAAUGAGUGACGUUUCUCGCAAGGUGUUUCCGUACGCGAUUCGCGCCGCGCAGUGCUUCCAUGAAAAUUCGUGCGCGUCAACGCGCACGUCUGUCGCAGCGUGUACCGCGUCCGUCCGCAUCCUUGUCCGCGCCUAAGUUUCGGCCGAUCACGCGGCCAGAGACGUGCGCCUAUUUCCACGGCCUCCACGGCGGUUCAGUUUCGCCGCAAACGCAUUUAGAGGGGCAAUAUUUUCGGAAAAUGGAUACUCGAUGCAAAGCAUAGGUGUGCUUCCAAAACACUUUGCAUUACGCUAGAUUAAUCUCCGCAUUCUAUCGUGAGUUAAUUUCGAGCGAGACAGAUUCGAAGAGAUUAAUGUUACGAUGCGUACACACAGCAGAAGCUAGAAAUUUCGCGUUCCAUUGCUGUGUUUCAACGGAACUCGUAUUUUAUUCAGCGCUCUAUGUUUUGGCACGAGGCGCGAGUUGAUAGAGCCUACUGUGCGGCAGCUGCCAUGCCAACGUACCACAAUGCGGGUGGCGGAUACCCGAAUGUGUCAGCACCAGCGCGACAAGCGAAGCUCGACGGCAAUCAAAAUCAUCACACUAUCCCUUCAAACGUAACGUCCCAUCCCCUCAUACAAAACAGCACUCAGCAGCAGCAGCACAGCGUUCCUUCAAACCUGUCUGCAGGUAACAUUCCGUCCCAUCCAGUAUCACCGACGAUGACCACGCAUUCGAGCGUCACCACCCCGAACAUCACCACGCAUGUGAACGCUGCGUCCUCGCCGGUGAUUCUCACCUCGAACGCCAUUAAUCCGGGCACUAACACCACUGCGUUGCCGGUAAAUCCGCGACACGAGGUGAAGCUAAACGCGAUGCCAUGGUUCCACGGAAAGAUAUCUAGAGAAACGGCAGAAAGAUUAUUGCGACCGCGAGAGGACGGUUUGUUCUUAGUUCGCGAGUCAACGAAUUUCCCCGGAGACUACACGCUCUGCGUAUGCUACCAAGGACGCGUACAGCAUUAUAGGGUGAAAUAUAAAAACAACCAAUUGACGAUCGACGAUGAAGAAUUUUUCGAGAAUCUGGCGCUCUUGGUGGAACAUUACGAGCAGGACGCGGACGGUUUAUGCACACAGCUAACGAAAUCCCUACCGAAACAGGGCAAGCAAGAUUUCUGCGUGGACCCAAAGGCAUUUGUAGAAGCCGGCUGGGUGAUUCAGACUCAUGAGUUAGAAUUAAGAGAAUGCAUUGGAAAGGGAGAAUUUGGCGAUGUACUGUUAGGCGUCUAUCGAGGGGAGAGAGUCGCCGUGAAAAUGCUGAAGGAUAACAGCGAGGCGGCGCAGAGGUUUCUGGCCGAGGCGAGUUUAAUGACCUCCUUGAUACAUGACAAUCUGGUUAAAUUACUCGGUCUCGUCUUUAAUAAUCAACACAUGUACCUGGUUACGGAAUAUAUGAGCAAAGGAUCCCUGGUGGAUUAUUUACGCUCGAGAGGAAGAUUACACGUUUCUAAAAAGGAUCAGAUAAACUUUGCAUACGAUACGUGUGCUGGUAUGGCGUAUCUGGAAUCCAGACACGUUGUUCAUCGGGACUUGGCAGCGAGAAAUGUUCUUGUGGCAGAGGACAACUCCGCUAAAGUAUCCGAUUUCGGGCUGGCACGGGACGAAAACUUUUCUCUCGACGGUGGAAAGCUGCCAAUCAAAUGGACUGCACCAGAGGCUUUAAAACAAAACAAGUUUUCAAACAAGUCUGAUAUGUGGAGUUUUGGAAUCCUACUCUGGGAAAUUUAUUCCUUUGGUCGUGUGCCGUAUCCGCGAAUUCCAUUAGCCGAUGUUGUAAAGUGUGUAGAAAAAGGGUAUAAAAUGGAACCGCCAGAUGGAUGUCCUGCAGAAGUGUACGAUAUUAUGAGACAGGCAUGGGAUUUACAGCCAGAAAAAAGACCGAGUUUUCACGAUAUAAAAGUAACACUCGGCCAAUUAAGAGCUGAGUAUACCAAAGGCGUGAAUUAAAAAAAAAACUUAAUACAUUUAAAAGAAAACUUUAAUGAACUUAGCGAGAACUGAGAAAGCGGGGACUGAUGCGUCUGAAUGGUUUUUCGUUUUCGGAGCGAAAAAAUAGUGAUUCUGCAUAUUUUUAUUAGAAAGAAAAGAGACAGGACCUCUCUCGAUUGUACAUUGUAUACAAAAAAUAGUAUUCGCUUUGCUUAUAUUUAUUGUUACUUUAGUUUUUGAAAUGUGUGGGGAGAGUUUUAAUUUUUAUAUAGUAAUAUUUUUUGCACAAGUAUUAUCUAUGGUCAAUCGUGCCUUUGUCCAAGUUGACAUUCUCGACCAAGAAAUUCAACUUGUACAUAUAUCUGGACAAUGAAAUCCAGAUAUAUUCGGAAUAAAAUCAACAGAGAUUUAAAGAUGCGCAAUUGCCUACUUAACUUUCAAUGGUCAUGUUUCUUUGAAGUUUAUCAUGGCAAUGAUAAAAAUAACUGACUUUUAUAGCUCGUGACCAUCAUGGUUUUUCUAAGUAAUUCAAGUUUUUACAUUAUAGCACACAGGUAACAUAUAUGUACAAUGUAUUAAAUUUAGAUUCAUUAUACAUUACGCUAUGUAUUCACAUUUGCAUUUAUUUAAUCUUGGAUCAUUGGUUAUUAUCUCGUUCUUUGUUAAAAUUAUAUAAAAAAAUUUUAUUUGCAAUUUGUAUUAUUAUAAAUGUAAAAUAUAUAUUUUAGUAAUCAUAUAUUGCAAGUACUUGUUUAGUUUUUUAAGUUCUUGAUCAAAGAUUUGUCAUAGGAAAUAUUAAUUUUUAACUAAAUUAUAUAUAUCGCAUUUUUUUAUAACACACCAUUACUUUGAUUGCUUGUAAUGGGGGUGUACAUGUAUUUCUCUCUGUAAAUAUUUUUGUAUAUAUUUACUCAUCAAAAAUAAUAUUUGAAAAACAAUUGAUAUUGAUUGAGAGAUUUAACAAAAAAUUUUUUCUUUUUUUUUUUUAGGUUUAAGACUAACACACGUAUUAUGAACGAAUGUCCAUAUGCAAUUGUUGCACCACGCCAAAAAAUAAUUAUCACUUUAUUGAGAAAAAAUUUUAUAUAUCAAGUAUAUAUAUUGUUUUCAAUAUCAUUGUUUUUUGUAAUCUAUCUCUCUUUCAUUUACACAUACACAUACACAUUUUUCAUAAAAGAUUCUGCCAACAAUAAUAACGGACUAAUUUCGUGAAUGUUUGACGGCCGUAUCUCGCUAAAUAGUAGCUAUAAGAGCUACAGAGAAGAUCAAAUAUUUAUUCUUUAAGAUAUCACGCGCGAGUGACAAGAAAUCUGUAAAAUUGUAGAUAUUAAAUUCUUGUAUAUGUCACAUAAUUACAACAAAAAUUAAUAAAUUUUUCAUUAAUUAUAUAUAAAUAUCGAGAUAUCUAAUAUAUAUGUAUAUGCAACAAUCGUAAAAUACUGUGUAUUAAAUUGACACUGUAUUACGCGAUGAUUUGUUGAACUUUGAAAAGUGACGAUGGAGAUGUCGCUCAGUUCCUUUUAAAACGAGAUCUUUCAUAAUAAAAGCAGAGAUUGUCGUGACUGAAUAAAUACUUCACAAUAAUAGGUUCGAUCUUUCUUCCACAAGUGUCUCUUCAGUCUGCAGUUAGACGUAGUUCUAUAAGAGAUCUAGAGCAUAUUUAUCUUAAGCAUAUGGUCCGUUUGUAACUUUGAUAUUACAGUAUGUACUUGAAGAGUACAUGUAUUAAUAAUGUGUAUUAACACGGCUCUAACUGGCUAAUAUUUUGAAUUGCUUUUUCAUUGCAAAGUUUGAUAUUUGUAUGUAUUUACAAUUUGCGCAAACAUUAACUCUUCCACACAUAAAUAUGAAUUUCACAUUACUUGUAUAAAUUGUAACUCCAUUUUAUCUUCGAUAUUUCGAUCUAUGGUGAAGCAUUAUCUUGUUAUUCAUUGAAAAUCAUUAUACAUAUAUAAAGCAGUAUCAUGUGACGUUGGUUUUGUGUAUUUUGAUAUGUGAAUACGAUAGGAUUUCUCUCAUUAUUGCGAUAUUAGUUUUCUUACAACAACCAAUGCGUUAAAUUCGUUCAUUUUCUACUGAUAAGCGCUCGAUUUUAGGGAAUGUAAGAAAUCUAAUAUAUAUUAAAUAAAUAAAUUAGAGAUCGAAAAAUCACAAAAGAAUUAAAACCAUACUUCAUAUGCAAAUGUUCAUGUUGUAAUGAUUACAUGUCGGUUCGAUGCGAGUGUACGUGGAAUAUGUGACGAAUACUUUCUCUCAUUAUUUUGUAGAAAAAUUCGAAUUAAGCAUAAUUCUGGAAAAGCGCAUUGAAAAUUUUAUCGUCAUACACUAUUACUACGUCACAAAUUUAAAGAUUCUCAUUAGACGGCUAUAGCGACGAGAAUAGAUCACUGGCGAAAGAAUAAAAGUUAUUAAUAAAGGAACGAAGUUGUAUUGUA